AUGCUGAAAGACAGCCCAACGAACCGGCGUAUCAUCCGCGCGAUCAUAUCCAUCUUCCAGGCUCAUGGUCCUUUCUGUCUAUGCUACACCUUCUGGCUCCUUGCUGCUAGAUACUGGCCGGCCCUCGCCUUCGGUCGGGAGAAGUUCCUCCAAAACAGGACUGUCUGGUUCUUCUGCAUCCCGGAAGCGAUAUGGUACAUUUUUAUGCUGUGCUAUGCGCAGUAUAUCCAGCGCGCAGCGAUCCAUCCUCCCAUGCGAACCCGCGAUGAGAGACGCGAACUCUUCACCAAGAUAAGAUCUGAGAUUUACGAUCCCAUCACGUUCGUCGGCGGGUGGUUUCGCGGAGCUUCUCCUCAAGCGAUUGGGAAAGAUGAGCUGCGCAAGUUCAUAGACUGGGCUUUCUGGGAAGGUCGGGCGGGUGAGGAGCAUGGUGAUGCGGACGAGAUUGAAGAGUACAUUGAUAAGAUCCAGAAGAUGAUGCCUAGAGGAUUUGCAGAGGGCGCGGGCAAGGCUAAGAGCCUACGUUUGACGUUGGAUGCGAUUGAGAUCGAGCCACGGAGUCUUCUUUGGUACGCAUUGAUCAUGCUUGGUGAUGCUGUUGCCGUCCUACUACUCAAGCAUCACGGUUUCCAGUACUAUCGCCGAAGUCUUCCUGGUGCAUUUGCAGUCUUCCCUCCACGUCCCACUGCUUUCAUGACCAGCAAAAUCUCUACUGCUGCGGGUAUCUCGUAUUACCACAGACCGCAUACAUCGAAGAAACGACUUCCCGUCUUGCACAUCCACGGAAUCGGGAUCGGCAUAUUGCCUCAUGUCGCUUUCCUGCACGAGCUAGACCAAGCACUGAACAGCAAGGCGAGCGAAGACGACCAAGUCGGCAUUGUCGCGGUGGAGGUCUUACAGAUUUCAAGCAGACUGACUACACCCAUCCUUCGCCGUGCGGACUUCUUAGCUCAGAUCACAACGAUAAUGGAGCAGCACUUCGGCAAUGGACGAUUCGUGCUCGUUGGUCACUCUUAUGGCAGUAUAAUGAGUACGCACAUCCUGAACGACGCUCAGCUGUCGCCACGAGUCUCUGGAACCCUCCUUAUCGAUCCGGUGACCUUGCUUCUACAUAUGCCGGACGUAGCAUACAACUUCACGAUACGACCUCCUGUGCAAGCGAAUGAAUGGCUACUCUGGUUCUUUGCCAGCAAGGAUCCGCAGAUCGCGCACACUCUCGGUCGGCACUUCUUCUGGAGUGAGAAUCUCUUAUGGAGAGAUCAGAUCGAUCAUCUCAUCACCAAUCAUGGCAUGAAGUUGACGGCGAGCUUGGCGAGCGAUGACUUGAUCGUCAAUACCAAUGCUGUCAGGGCGUACCUCACCGAUCGUGAUCUUCCCGAUCCCGUUCUGGUUCGAGAUGAGGACGGCGAGAAGAAAAUGCAGCUCCAGACGCACUCUUCUCAUCAGCAAAAUGGGCGAUCGAAGAAGUGGCAUGGUUCUGCCCUAAAUGUCAUUUGGUGGGAAGGCUAUGAUCAUGCUACAGUCUUUGACCAGCGCAAAGAUAGGGCGAGGCUGGUUGAGGUGUUGGUGAAGUACUCGAAGGGCUCGUGA